AUGGGCACCAGCCUGAAAACGGCGGCAUUCUUUCAGAUCAUUGACGUUCAAGGUGGAUCGAUCACCGAGUUCUUUCUCUUCCUUCUCACGUUCUCCUUGGCAAUGCUGCUGAACCAGUCUGUGGCCACUUCCCGGCUCAGCGACCACAUUCGUCUGAAACUGAACCCUACGCAUCAUCCGAUCACGCGGAUCACUGACGUGGAUACCCUGUAUGCGUACCUGGAGGACGUGUUCGUCCCGGCACUCUACAAGAACUCCACUGACAUUCAGCUUGCAGAAAGCAUUUCUCCGCAUCUGCGGCCCAUCGACAUUGCCAACAGGAUGCUGGGCACCGUGCGCUUGCGUCAGGUGCGCGUGAAUCUCCAGCAAGACUGCCAAGUGCUCCCGUUGUUUGAGCAGUAUACUGUCAGCUGCUAUCCCAACUACAGCCCAGGGACAGCCAGCAUGACAGCCUACGGUCCCCAAGAGAGGUUCACUUAUUCAGAGGACCUUACAGGCAUCCCCUACACGGGCGCGCUGGGUUCGUACUCGGCAGAUGGCUUCAUGCAGCUGCUUGCCUCCAACCUCACUCAGGCCAUGCAGCAAAUCCAGCAGCUCAAAGCCGACGGCUACAUGGAUGCAGCCACUCGUGCCUUCUUUGCCGAGCUCAACAUCUGGAACUCUAAUAUUGGCUUGUAUGCGGUAGUCUCCUUCGCCGUAGAGUUCGGGGCGAGUGGAGGCACCGCACAGGAGAUAAUGAUCAGCACCAUGACCGAGCGCGUGCUGACUGUGGGCGGCCUUGGAACAGCGCUGGAUUGGCUUGCGUUCGUCCUCCUGAUCUUGGUCAUGAUCUUUGUGGUUCAGUUUAUCUUCGAGGAAGCCCAAGAGCUGUAUGGCAGCUGGCGUACCUACUUCUUCGAUGCAUGGAACCUCCUAGAUUGGGCCAACAUGGUCCUGCUGCUCAUCGGCUUCACCUUGCGCAUGUUGCUUUUCUCUGACGCAGCCAACACCAAUGUGGGGCUUGAGCAGCUGGCCAACAAGGAUUCCUUCCAGAAUAUUUCCGCUCUGGCCAGUGCGGCCACGACAGUUCGGGUCCUCAACGCCUUCAACUGCGUUCUUCUUUGGGGCAAGGUGACAAAGUACUUGCGGCAUUUGCCCCUGGUGAAGACUUUGAUCCGAACGGUGUGGACGGCUUUUGACCUGUUCCUGCCUUUCCUGAUCAUGUUCGGGGUCGCCCUGGUCGGCUUUGUCAUGGCUUUCAACGUAGGCUUUGGAGACAAGGUCGCCGAAUUAGCGAACUUCACCACCUCAGCGGUAUACUUGUGCCGGGCGUUCUUGAAGGACGUUCAGCUCAUGCCUGUGUACGACAUCACGCCUCUUUUCGGUGCUGGCUUGAUCUUGCUCUUCUACCUGAACAUGAUCGCUGUUGACGCCUCGUCUUUAUCUACUCUUCCACCCCAAGUUCUGGCGGAAGUUCUCUCUUGCAUCACGCACAACUCGCAGCGGCUUACGACUUUUGGAGUUCUGUGCAAAGACCUCGCGGCACUUCUGGACGAGGAGGGUGCGUGGUGGCACCUUUGUCAACGGUACUGGUACGCCACGGAUGAGAGGCUGAAGGAGUGGCCGAAGCUGUCAGCACGAGGCCUGUACCGGGCAUUGGAGCAAUGGAUGCCACUGGAAGGCUUCUACGUCUUGGCCGGUGCCUUUCCCUGGGGCCUCGUAGCGCUGCUGCGUAUCGUGGAGGGCCGCCUUUGUGGAUCCGUUGUGCGCUUCCUGCCGAAAGAUGAUGGCAGCUUUGCGGAGGUCCAGGUGCCUCUUUUCGAAGUGUCGAUCUUGGAAGACAGGCCUGGUGAAAUCAGGAGCUCCGUCUCGGCGACUUGGUUCACCGGUGAGGCCAGCUUGGCACCAAUGGACGUGGAGGCCAUCGCGGCAUACACGCAGGCGUCCAGAUUGUUCUCUUCCAGUCGACUUGCUGAGGCUUCGCUGUUUGCACCUCGCCGCGGGAUUCGCCUGGUCCCCGAGGCGCAGCAGGCCCGAGCCUCGGCCGGCUACAGCCCCGACGGCCCAGUUGCUGGGCCGCCGAAUGCUCUUUUUCUCCAAGAUCAGAGUGACGAGGAAAUGGAUGAGCACGGACAGGCCCGAUGGCCAGUGUGUUCCAGCGCAUCUUGGAGGGUUGGCGAUCUGGACAGAUCAGAGGAGUCGCUUCGCCAACGCACCGAGGACAUGCUGCGUGACAUGUUUGGAGCGUUUCCGUGCGACUUAGCCCUGAUCCGAAGCCCAGACGAGUUUGUGCCUCUGGAUCCCACUGUUCCCAGACUCAGACCUGGCCUCUACGUCGGGGAUUACGGGCACCACAUCUAUGGGCAGUUUCGCACCGAAGUGCUGCUCCUGGACUAUGUGCACCUGACCGCGGAAGAGUUGCGGGAAGAGGCUCAGGUCUUCCAGAAGGUACCGCGGCGGCUCUUCACGCGGCCGCGCGGUGAGAAGCCACCGGCACAGCUUGAAGCGCUGGCAGCCUUGGGCCAGCCGAUUGCGUUCAUGCGUGGCAUCAAGCAAUGCGGCGACAUCCACGUGCCUCUCGGCGCGACCACAUUUGUGGCCGUGUGCUCUCCGCCGGAGGCCGAGGCAUUGCUGGGUGCCCAGGGACAGCGCCCCCUGCGCACACUGAAUCGGCAGACGGGGCUCUGGGAGGAUGUCGUGCGAUCCUGGCGAGGCUUUGGAACAUUGGCGCGGCCAGGCUUUCAAGCGCCGAGCUGGGCGCAAGGCUGGCUGGUCCAGUUCCAGGGUGUGGGAAGCCACCGCUUCGGCUUUGUCUGGGAUCGAAACCAGGAUGCGGUUGUGCUCAAAUGGAUGUCCCGAUUGAGCGCACUUAGUGAAAUUGCUUUGCUAUGUCGCUGGAGGCUGGCGCUCCAGGUUGGGCUUGCCUUGAUGUUCGCGAUGAUGGCAGAUGCGUUGUUCAUUGCAAAGUACAGCAAGGAGCGAGAAGCCCGAAAUGCCGAAAGGGCGUAUUGGAAUGAGGACGAGCCUUUGGAGGAGGUGUACCGCAGGGUUAGUGGCUUCAUCCAAAGAAUAAUGAUCCGGUUCUUCCCCAUGAUCUACGUGAGAUACCGGAAGAUGACCGAGAGGUUGUCGACGCCCGAUGACGAUGCGGGCUCUGAUACCUCCAGCAAGGGAAGGCGCAAGCAGGCGGCACUGGAGGACAGGAACGAGCGUGGCAGCGCUGCGGGCGGCAAGAAGUCCACCGAUGAUGACCUGCGUUCGAGCCACUCGGGCUUCAGCCAUGACAGCAGCGAAGGGCCGUUGAAGCCCGGCGCGGAGGAGCUAAAGCGAGCCAUCGAGCACAUGCCCGGCCCUCAUUUGAGCACUGUUGAGCAUUUUGAGCCUAUAUAA